AUGCCGGGCAUCCCAAGGGAGGUCGCCAAGCACGAGCUCCGCAUUUUGUCGGGAUCCAAGCCCAUCCAGCAACGACUACGCCACUUCGACGACGAGAGGCGCAGGGCCAUAGGAGAGGAGGUAGCUAAGCUAUUAGCUGCUGGCUUCAUAAAGGAAGUCUACCACUCUGACUGGCUCUCUAACCCAGUCCUUGUAAAGAAGAAAACUGGUCAAUGGAGGAUGUGUGUUGAUUACACCAGCCUGAGCAAGGCUUGCCCAAAAGACCCUUUUCCCUUGCCUAGAAUAGAUCAGAUAAUCGACUCCACCUCUGGAUGUGAAAUCUUGUCCUUUCUGGAUGCUUACUCGAGCUACCACCAGAUAGCGAUGAAGGAAUCCGACCAGCUCGCGACAUCCUUCAUCAUGCCGUUCGGCUCGUACUGUUACGUGUCAAUGUCGUUCGGUCUCAAGAAUGCAGGGGCAACAUACCAGCGAUGCAUGCAAACCUGUUUUUCCGACCAGAUCAACCCGCCGAUUGACCCCGACCGGCCAGGUCUGCAUCGGGCGACGGUUGCCGUCUAUGUUGACGACAUCGUCGUCAAGACGCCACGCGCGGAUGACCUGGUCGCCACCCUGAGCACCACGUUCGCAAAUCUCAAGAGGUUCAACAUCAAACUGAACCCCGAGAAAUACACGUUCAUUGUGCCUAAGGCCACUAACCAUGUGGUCAGCGCCGCUCUGGUGAUCAAAAGGGAAGAGCAGGGACACGCCCUUAAGGUCCAACGUCCCGUGUAUUUUGUCAGCGAGGUACUGACCGACACCAAGUUGCAGUACCCACAGACACAAAAGCUCCUAUACGCCGUCGUCAUGACGGCCAAGAAGUUGCAACACUACUUCACCGAGCACGAGGUGUUGGUCGUCACCUCGUUCCCACUUAGAGAAGUCGUUCGCAAUCGCGACGCCGUAGGGCGGAUCUCCAAAUGGGCAGUCGAGCUAAUGUGCUACGAUGUCAAGUUCGUUCCACACACGACGAUAAAGUCUCAGGCCCUGGCUGACUUCAUCGCCGAGUGGACGGAAAUCCAAGCCCCGACCCCAGAAAUUUCUCACGAGUACUGGACCCUCUACUUCGACGGGUCGGUCAUGGGACCCGGCGCAGGGGCCGGGGUCGUCCUGGUCUCCCCAGAAGGAGGCAAGUUCCAAUACGCAGUCCACCUCCACUUUCCUGCACCCAACAACAUAGCAGAGUAUGAGGCACUCAUCAGCGGCCUCCGCAUAGCCAUCGACAUAGGGGCAACCCGCAUGUAUGUCUACGGUGACUCCAAGCUCGUAGUCGACCAGGUCAUGAAGAACUCUAACUGCGAGAGCCCCCUCAUGGACGCAUACUGCCAGGAAGUCCGUAAGCUAGAAGGGAGAUUCCGGGGUCUGGAGCUCCACCACAUCCCACGAAAACAAAACCCUGACGGGGACGCUCUCGCAAAAAUGGCUGCCAAGCGCAAGCCGGCACCCAGCGGCGUUUUCAUCAACGACCUGAACGCGCCGUCGGGGCGAGAGAAGCAGCCGCCCGUAGACAAAACAAAAACAGGGGAAACAGAGCAUGCGGAGAAAACAGAGCACGCUCCCUCCGACCCGCCCCCCGACCAGGUACCCGCGGGCCCAACCUGUCUCGCUACGGGGCAAUCCGACCCGAGCUAG